AUGGCGGAGCGCGGUCAGCCUCCUACCCCCGCCAAGCGCCUCUGCUGCAGAUCCGGCUAUGGCUCGGGGUGCAGGCCGGGCCAGCGGGCGGGCGGCGCCGGGCUCGGCAGCGGGGCGCUCUGCGCCGGACCCUCUUCCGCAGCUGCCGCCGCCGCCCUGGGGCUGCUGCCGCUCGGCAAGACCCAGAGCCCGGAGUCCCUGCUGGACAUCGCGGCUCGCAAGGUGGCGGAGAAGUGGCCCUUUCAGCGGGUGGAGGAAAGGUUCGAGCGGAUCCCGGAGCCGGUGCAGCGCAGGAUCGUCUACUGGUCCUUUCCCCGCAGCGAGAGGGAGAUCUGCAUGUACUCCUCCUUCAACACCGGCGCCGAGGACCCCACUGCCGCCCCCGGUGGGGCAGCCGCCGCGCCCGGCGGGGCCGCGGACACUGCCGCUGCCGCCGACGAGAACCGUCUGCCCUUCCGCAGGGGCAUCGCUCUGCUCGACGGCGGCUGCGUCGAUAACGUCCUGCAAGUCGGUUUCCACUUGAGUGGCACAGUGACAGAGCCUGCAAUGCAAUCGGAGCCUGAAACUGUUUGCAAUGUAGCUAUCAGCUUUGAUCGUUGCAAAAUUACCUCAGUGACCUGUAGCUGUGGAAACAAAGACAUAUUUUACUGCGCACACGUUGUGGCACUCUCUUUAUACCGGAUCCGCAAGCCAGAUCAGGUCAAACUGCAUCUUCCCAUUUCAGAGACACUCUUUCAAAUGAACAGAGACCAACUACAAAAAUUUGUACAGUAUUUGAUCACAGUGCACCACACAGAAGUUUUGCCAACUGCUCAAAAAUUAGCAGAUGAAAUUCUUUCUCAGAAUUCAGAAAUCAAUCAAGUCCAUGGUGCUCCUGACCCAACAGCAGGUGCUAGCAUAGAUGAUGAAAACUGUUGGCAUUUGGAUGAAGAACAGGUCCAAGAACAGGUUAAACUCUUCCUCUCCCAGGGUGGAUACCAUGGAUCCGGGAAGCAGCUCAAUUUGCUUUUUGCAAAGGUGCGAGAGAUGCUAAAGAUGAGAGAUUCAAAUGGAGCUCGCAUGUUGACGUUGAUAACAGAACAGUUCAUGGCUGACCCUCGUCUGGCUCUUUGGAGACAACAAGGAACUGCAAUGACUGACAAGUAUAGGCAGCUCUGGGAUGAACUGGGUGCUCUAUGGAUGUGUAUAGUCUUAAAUCCCCACUGCAAGUUGGAGCAGAAGGCCAGUUGGCUAAAACAGCUGAAAAAAUGGAACAGUGUGGAUGUUUGUCCCUGGGAAGAUGGAAACCAUGGAAACGAGCUGCCCAAUUUAACCAAUGCUUUGCCUCAGGGUGCAAAUGCUAACCAAGAUUCAUCGAACAGGCCACAUCGGACGGUGUUCACUCGAGCCAUUGAGGCAUGUGAUCUGCACUGGCAGGACAGCCACUUACAGCACAUUAUAAGCAGUGACCUAUACACCAACUACUGUUACCAUGACGACACUGAAAACUUGCUCUUUGACUCUCACGGGUGGCCCCUCUGGCAUGAACACGUUCCUACAGCCUGUGCAAGGGUGGAUGCAUUGCGAUCUCAUGGAUACCCACGAGAAGCACUGAGGCUAGCAAUAGCUAUUGUUAAUACACUCAGAAGGCAGCAGCAGAAACAGCUGGAAAUGUUCCGGAGUCAGAAGAAAGAACUUCUCCACAGAGGAGUAACCUCAAUAACAAAUCUUGAAGGUUGGGUGGGACACCCUUUGGACCCCAUUGGCACCCUCUUCAGUAGCCUGAUGGAAGCCUGCAGGGUGGAUGAUGAGAGCUUCCAUGGAUUCUCAGAUUUCACGGAGAACAUGGGACAGUGCAAAUCUCUGGAGUACCAGCACCUGCCUGCACACAAGUUCUUGGAAGAAGGGGAAUCUUACUUAACUCUGGCUGUGGAAGUAGCACUGAUAGGACUGGGACAGCAACGAAUAAUGCCAGAUGGCUUGUAUGCACAAGAGAAGGUUUGUCGAAAUGAGGAGCAGCUCAUUUCUAAGCUACAGGAAAUUGAAUUGGAUGAUACUCUGGUGAAGAUUUUUCGAAAACAAGCAGUCUUCCUAUUAGAAGCUGGACCAUAUGGUGGUUUGGGGGAAGUAAUCCAUCGAGAGAGUGUUCCAAUGCACACCUUUGCCAAGUAUCUUUUCACCUCUCUCCUACCUCAUGAUGCUGAAUUGGCAUACAAAACUGCACUGAGAGCCAUGCGGUUGCUAGUAUUGGAAUCAACAGCUCCUUCGGCAGACAUGUCCCGCCCACACCACAUUGCAUCAGUUGUUCCAAACCGGUAUCCCCGCUGGUUCACCCUCAGUCACAUUGAAUCUCAGCAGUGUGAGCUGGCAUCAACCAUGCUAACAGCAGCCAAAGGUGAUGUUCGGAGGCUGGAAACAGUGUUAGAAUCCAUCCAGAAAAAUAUCCACUCCUCAUCACACAUCUUCAAACUUGCACAGGAUGCAUUUAAAAUUGCAACACUUAUGGACAGCUUGCCAGACAUCACUCUUUUGAAAGUUUCUCUGGAACUGGGCCUUCAGGUGAUGCGGAUGACGCUGUCAACACUGAAUUGGCGACGACGGGAAAUGGUGAGGUGGUUGGUAACAUGUGCAACAGAAGUAGGCGUUUACGCACUGGAUAGUAUCAUGCAAAACUGGUUUACACUUUUCACUCCAACAGAAGCCACUAGUAUUGUUGCUACCACAGUGAUGUCCAACAGCACCAUUGUCCGCCUGCAUCUGGACUGCCAUCAGCAGGAGAAGUUGGCUGGCAGUGCUAGGACGCUUGCUCUACAGUGUGCCAUGAAGGAUCCUCAAAACUGUGCCCUUUCUGCACUGACCUUAUGUGAAAAGGAUCACAUAGCUUUUGAGACCGCUUACCAAAUUGUUCUUGAUGCUGCUACAACCGGCGUGAGCUACUCGCAGCUUUUUACUAUAGCACGAUACAUGGAGCACCGUGGCUAUCCCAUGCGGGCCUACAAGCUGGCCACCUUGGCCAUGACACAUCUCAACCUGAGUUACAAUCAGGACACGCACCCUGCCAUUAAUGAUGUUCUGUGGGCAUGCGCGCUCAGCCACUCCCUCGGGAAGAACGAGCUCGCGGCGAUAAUACCUCUUGUGGUCAAAAGUGUCAAGUGUGCAACAGUACUGUCAGACAUUCUGCGUAGGUGUACUUUGACCACUCCCGGCAUGGUGGGACUUCAUGGAAGGAGGAACUCUGGUAAGCUCAUGUCACUGGACAAAGCCCCUCUGCGGCAACUCUUGGAUGCCACGAUUGGAGCCUACAUUAACACGACUCAUUCACGUCUCACUCACAUCAGCCCACGACACUAUAGUGAGUUUAUAGAGUUCCUCAGCAAGGCCCGAGAGACCUUCUUGAUGGCUCAUGAUGGUCACAUCCAGUUUACACAGUUUAUUGAUAACCUAAAACAAAUCUACAAAGGCAAAAAGAAACUGAUGAUGCUGGUUCGUGAGCGGUUUGGUUGACAGAAAUGUGUGAAGGGGAUGGGGGGGGGCGGGGGGUGGUUUGUUUUUACUUGAGCCUGCCUUUGUAUCCUUUUUAACUUAAAGAAACAGAGCCACACCGGUAUUAUAUGUGUAUAGUUAUAUUGAGUUUGCAAACUAAACUGUCAUGUUGUGAAAGUUUGUGUGUUUAAUUUUUUUUUUCUUUUUUUCUGUUUUAUAUGAGAGAAAGGGGUUAAAAAAGGUUUGGUUUACACUGAGUAUAUGUUGUCAAGUGGCAAAAGCCCACAUUGCUCUCCUGUUCUUUCUGUAUGUGUUCACAGCCUCAAAAACAAACAUAUAUUGUAAUGGCUUUAAAAACCAAACAAAACACCUCCAUCCUGUGAUAAGUACCUCGAAUGGAUUCAGCUUUACUCCUUUGUAACUCAUCCUUACAUUUCAGCGUAUUUAAACAAACCAACAAAUGAAAUACUAAUAGUUAAAAGGCUGACCACGUGGCUUUGCAGUGCUGUUCAUCCAGAAGCAUGGCACACAAUGCUUGUGCAUGUGGAAACUUAGCGACUGUCAACAUACAUUCUCAGGGAUUUAUCAAAAAAAAAAAAUUAAAAGAAUGAGAGCAUUUAUUGUACUGUAUAUAUAUUAUAGUAUAUGUCUGAAUAUUGAAAAAUAUAACAUUAACUAAUUUAUAAAAAAAAAAAGUCUAUGUAAUGCAAAAUACUUGAAGCUGCGGUAGCUUGGUUUUAAACAAAAAAGAAAACCUAUCCGAAGGACUGAAGUGCGCCUUGCUUCAGGGUUGGCUCAGGUGGUGAACUAUAUGCUGGGCAUCUAUGCAGAGCCACCUUUUGGAUUGCAUGGUUGGACUGAUAACUAAUGGGGAAAAUUUUAUAUAUAUAUAUUUAUACAACCCGUGUAUACAUAUAUAUGUAUACACACAUACACACAUGCUUGUAACAGGCACUAUAGUAAAGAAGGACAACAAAAAAAAAAUACACAGCCAGAGCAGCAAGCCUUAGCAUUAAGAAUACAGUAUGCCAGAAUUGGGGUUUGUGCCUCCUAGCCUAGAAGACUUAAAAAAAAAAAAAAAAUCCUUUUUGACACAGAACUCAAAAUGUUUUCCAAAAUGAUUGACAUGAUCCAUUACGCCUUUGCAGUGAGCUAAUAAUAAGCUAACCUUUGUGCACAAUAACAUAUAUAUAUAUUAUAUAUAUAUAUUCUGCAUAGGUAUUUUGACUUUGUGCAGGACAGAAAGUUGUGUAGGUAUGACUGUUCUACUUUUCAGUUUGUUUUUUUAAUAUAUUUUAUUUUCUCUAGAAUUACUCAAAAGCAGCCUUCUAUCUUGCCUUGUCUUAAUGCUUUAAAAUAACCAAACUGGAGAUCUAACUACCAAACUGUUCACUAUAUUAUUAAACACCAACUUUGGUUACAGUAUAGUGUCUUUAUUUUAGCUGAUGGUUCUGUAUCCUUGUGCUUUUUAAAGCAAUUUUUAUGUUUUGGUGCAAAAGUUGUCCAGUGUCUCUUGUUCCCUUCAUUAGAGAACAUGCUAGAGGUAUGUUUGUAGGUAUUUUUGUUUAGAAAAUCUAUUUCAUGCUCUCCAUUUUAUUUAUUAUAAUAGGUAUAAAAAGGUUGUACUUCAUCACCCAUGUAAACAUGCUCAUGAAGUUGAAAGUAAUUAAGAUUUGAUACACUGAUAUCAAUUUAUUUA